AUGGCUUCUAAUUUACUCGUCAAUCGAAAGGAGGAUGUGGUAAACGUGAAUACCCAGGGUGGCAGUUAUGGCAAUGCACUACAAGCAGCUGCAUUCGAAGGAACCGAACCGAUUGUGCGGCUUCUCCUCGAGCGUGGGGCAGAUGUGAAUGCUCAGGGUGGCCGUUAUGGCAAUGCACUAUAUGCAGCUGUAGAAAAAGGAACCGAACCGAUUGUGCGGCUUCUCCUCGAGCUUGGGGCAGAUGUGAAUUCUCAGGGUGGCCGUUAUGGCAAUGCACUACAAGCAGCUGCAGUAAAAGGAACCGAACCGAUUGUGCAGCUUCUCCUCGAGCGUGGGGCAGAU